AUGUUGUUAUAUUUAAUUAAAAUAAUUUUUGUACUUUUGUUUAUUAUUAAAUUUUCAUUUCCAAAUAAUUUGCCAUCAAAAGAUAUUUCAAAAAGUGAUUCAUCUACUAAAUAUGAAAUAGCUGUUGGACAUUUAAGAAGAAAUGAUUCAACUGUUAUGUAUGAAUCACAUGUUUUAAAAAUGUGUUCUGAAGAUUUAAGAUUAAAAGGAAUUAUUCCAAAAAAUGUUUUUUUUAAUGUAACAACAUUUGAAUCAUGUAGACGUUUUGUGGGUGUAGCUAAUGCUGCACAUCUUCAUCAUAAAAUUGAUGCUGCUGUUUAUUUUGGUCCUGGUUGUAAUGAAGAAAUGUUGGCAAUUGGUAGAUUAGUUUCUCUUUGGAAUAUACCUAUUAUUGCACAUAUGUCUGGUGAUGAUAUAUUAUCAGACAGAGAAAUUUUUACAACUCUUAGUUCUGUAGCAUUAACAUCAGCAUCAGAAAUGGCUCGUGCUGUAAUACAAAUUUUGAAACAUUAUAAUUGGAAACAAAUAGGACUUGUUAGAACAAUUCAAGAUUAUAGUAGAUUAUCUAUGCAUUCAUUAGAAACACUUGUUAAAGAACAAAAUAUUAAAAUAAAUAAAUAUAUUGAUAUUGAUCAAUAUAUGACACCAGAUCAAAUUAUUCAAAGUGGUUUAUUAGAUGAAUUAAAAGUAAAAUGUAGAAUAAUUAUCAUUGAAUUAGGCAUGGAUCUUUAUACAGCUUCAAAUUUUAUGCAAGCUAUUAAAAAAGCUGAAAUGAAUACAUAUGAUUAUGUUUAUAUAAUUCCAUGGUUAGCUCAUUAUUAUGAACAUCUUCCAUGGGAAGCAAAUAAUGUUGAUAAAAAAGUUUUACAAAAUGCAUAUGAAAAUGCUAUUAUUGUUACAGCACAUGGAUAUGAUAAAUCGUUUGUUGAUAAAUUUAGAAAUAAAUUUUCAGAAGUUAUUGGAGUUUCAACUUCAUAUCAUUCAACUAUUGCAUAUAUGUCUUUAUAUGAUGCACUUUAUCUUUUUGGAUUAGCUGUUAGAGAUAUUUUAUUAGAAACUAAAGAUAUUGAAGCUGUUAAAGAUGGUAUAAAAAUUUGGAAACGAAUGACUAAUAGAAAUUUUAUUGGUCAAACAGGUCAAGUAUUAAUGAAUAAUAAUGGUGUACGUGUACCAAGUUAUGCUGCAUAUACAUUAAAAAAUGGAACAUUUAAAAUUGUUAUAGAAAUUGAACCAAGACUAUCUGAGGAUAGUAAUUGUAAAACUUCUUGUUCAGAACAUGUUGUAAAAGAAAUUAUUACUAAUUAUUGGCAUUCUUAUGAUGGUUCAUUACCAAAUGAUAUACCAGAUUGUGGUUAUGAUGGAUCAGUUUGUGAUCAUACAAAACUUCUUAUAUUUUCUACAAUUCUUGUAUUUUUAGUUAUUUCUAUUCCAACAGUUUAUUUUAUAUAUCGUAGAGAAAAAGAAAAAAUAUUAUAUGAUAUGACAUGGAGAUUACCAAGAGAACAAGUAAAACUUUUAGAAGUUGGAAUAGGAGCAUCAACUAAAUCAGAUCCAUCAAUUGGACGUUCUGAUAGAAGUGCUUCUGUUGUUGAUAGUUUAACAUCAAAAGCUAACGCUAAAUUAAGUGCUCAGCAAGCUAUGUGUAAUGGUGUUAAAUUAGCAUAUAAAAAAUAUAAACAAACAAGAAAUCUUACAUUUCAAAAAAAAGAACUGAUUAUAUUAAAAGAAUUAAAGUUAAUUGAACAUGACAAUUUAAAUAAAUUUUAUGGUAUUUGUUUUAAUCAACAAAAUGAAUUUAUAGUUUUAUGGAUACUUUGUCAACGUGGAUCAUUAGAAGAUGUUUUAUUUAAUGAAGACCUUAAAUUGAGUCACAAUUUUUUAGUUUCUUUUACAAAAGAUGUUGUUAAGGGUGUCCAAUUUCUUCAUGGGUCCCCAUUACAUUACCAUGGUUGCUUGUGUAUACAAAAUUGUUUAGUUGACAGUAAUUGGACUGUUCGAUUGACAAAUUUUACUUCAGAAAUUAUUAUAUCUGAAAGAUUAAGACAUAAUGAAUUAAACUAUUGUAGUAAGAAUGGUGAAUUAGGAUUUGAUGAGGUUGAUAAUAAUGAUGAUAAUGACAAAAAUAAAGAUAAAGGAAAUUUUAAAAAUCCAAGUGCAUUGGAUCAUAGUACAUCAGCAAGAAAAAAAUAUAUUCAAUUGGCACCAGAGAUUAUUCGUGAACUGAUAGCAACAAAAUAUCUACCUGAAGGUAAUCAACCUGCUGAUAUUUAUUCACUUGGUAUGAUUAUUUAUCAGAUUUUAUUUCGUGUUGAACCAUUCUAUGAAAAAGAAUGGUCUGCUUCAAAAAUCCUUGAAAAACUUUCAUUUCAGAAAGAAAAUGAACAAUUAUUAAGACCGACUUUUCCAAGUAAAGCGGAAGGAGAAGAAAGUUAUAAUUUACAAUUAUUAUCAUGUAUUGAAGCUUGUUGGCUUGAAUUACCAGAAAUGAGACCAAAUAUUAAAAAAAUUCGAAGUAUGAUAAACUCAAAUCUUAAGUCAAAAGGUGGUGGUAGUUUAGUUGACCAAAUGAUGAAGAUGAUGGAAGAUUAUACAACUAAUUUAGAAGCAUUAGUUAAAGAUAGAACAGCAAUGCUUGAAGAAGCGCAACAACAAGCUGAUAGAUUAUUAAAAAAUAUGUUACCACAAUCGAUAGCUGAAGAUCUUAAAGUUGGUAGACCUGUAACACCAAAAUUAUAUGACUGUGCUACUGUACUAUUUUCUGAUAUCCGUGGAUUUACAAGAAUUUCUUCAACAUCAACGCCAUUAGAAAUUGUCAAUUUUCUUAAUAAUAUGUUUUCUGGAUUUGAUUCAAUUAUUGCAAAACAUGAUGCCUACAAAGUUGAAACAAUUGGUGAUGCUUAUAUGAUUGUUUCAGGUGUACCACAAACAAAUGGUAAUUUCCAUGUUCAACAUAUUUCAGAUAUAGCGUUAAAAAUGAGAACAUUUGUAAGCAAUUUUAAAUUAGCUCACAAACCUGAUGAAAUAAUGAUGGUUAGAAUUGGUUUUCAUAGUGGAAGUGUAGCUGCUGGUGUUGUUGGUAUUGCCGCACCAAGAUAUUGCUUAUUUGGUGAUACAGUAAACAUGGCUUCCCGAAUGGAGAGUACCGGGGUCGCAAAUAAAAUCCAGAUUAGUGAGACAUCUUAUAACCUUUUGAAUGUAUUUUUCAAACAAUUUAUAACAACACCUCGUGGAAAAGUUGAAGUUAAAGGAAAAGGUGAAUGCCAAACAUACUUUCUUGAAGGAAAACAAACAAACAAAUAA